CACUCCCCGACAACAACAUAAACAACGAGCAACGAGCUCUAUUUGUUGAAUAUCGCGUUUAAUUAACAGAACACAGAAAACAAUGGACAGCGUAAGAGAACUAAUACAGUUUUUACAGCCCAAUCAACGUCUGGACUUAAAGGCUGUCGCCCUAACGCAUGUACUAAGUCUGACCGGCAGUGCCGAAGGCAAAGAUGCAAUACUCUCGCUUGAUGACUUGCUGAUGGCGAUUUUUGGGUUGACACUCGAUGCGAACGCCACAAUUGCAAAGGAUGCUGUGCUCUGUCUGAUAAAUCUCACGGCUGAGGAAGCAGGCGCUAUCAAAGUCUACGAAUUAGCAAAAGAAGUGCAACCGAGCUUCGUCAUUGCGGAGGUUGCCGCCAAGAAGAUUAUCGACGAGCAAGCAGAUUUGGCCGAUGCCUGGAGCAUGGUGCUGAGCAAUUUGACGCGCGUCGAGUCUCUGGUGCAUGGUAUAUUGGAUACUUUAGAGCCGACGCUGCAACAGCUGGCCAAAGCCUUUGCCCAACUCGACUACAACAAGAAAAAGUCAAAACUGCACUAUUUGGCACCCAUCUUCUGUAAUCUAACACAAGUACAGCGUGGCCGCGAGUUGUGUUGCCAGCCAAAGUAUCGACUGCUUGAGAAGCUGCUUCCAUUUGCAUCCUUUGAGGAGAGUGUUGUGCGACGUGGCGGCACCAUCGGCAUCAUAAAGAACAUAUGCUUUGAUGCUGUAUACCAUGAUGUGAUAUUGAAUGAUCAGGAUGACAUAUUGGUGGCCUUACUGCAACCGCUUUGUGGGCCGGAGGAGUUCAGUGAUGAAGAGAAUGAGAAAUUACCCAUUGAACUACAGUACUUGCCCGAAACUAAGACGAGAGAAACGGAUCCGGAUCUGCGUAAAAUGCUGUUAGAGUGUCUGCUGCAACUGUGUGCCACACGUCGUUGUCGCGAAGUGCUGCGCGCUAAAGGAGUCUAUGAAAUACUGCGGGAAUAUCACAAAUGGGAAGCCAAGGUGGGACGUGAAAGCGAUUGUGUAUUGGCCUGCGAGAAUGUGGUGGAUAUUUUAAUUAAAAAGGAGGAGGAAAUUGGCUUGGACAACUAUAAAAGUGUCGAGGUGCCAACUGAGCACACUGAAAAGUUUAUCCAGGAGGAUGCCGCCUAUGUUAAGACACUUUUAGAUUAAAAAUCCCAUCAUCUCCGGACUGUAAAUAUAUGUAGUUUAAGAUGACCAGAGUAAACAACAUCGAUAUUCAG